GACAGAGAGAGAGAUAAACAACCAGAGGGCGAGUCCCCCAGGCAGAGCAGGGUGCACCCUGAGACAGACAUUGCCAUUGCCCCAGCCCCUGGGGCGGGGCUCAUGCUCCUCCCUCCCCCCGGCAGUGGAUGUCCCGCUGGGCAGGGAGGACCUGCUCUGGGGAGGGGAGUGGGUGGGGAGCGGCUGUGUAUCUGUUUGAAAGCGGCUCCGGGUUCGAAGCGGACUCCGAAUGGAUACAAAGUGGCGGCAGCGGCGGCGGCCCGGGCGCUACAUUGUAACCGUGGGCCGACCCUGAUACUUCGGCUGGGAGACCCAGCGGGUACUGUCUUCACCUCAGGCCUGGGAUUACACCACCGAUCUUGUAGACAUGCAGAGGCAAAGCUCUCCUGUUAAUGCCACCAGCAACACCACCAGGCCACCCCUUGCUCCUGACGGAACUAGGGAGUUACCGCAGCGGAUGACCGACUCCCAGCUCCCGCCCUGGCAUCCGGCACUACCAUCUCUUCCUGAUGUCGAACCCCUGUGUGCCAGUGAGGAGUGCCACGAGGAGACUGGGGAAGCAGCCGUUUCCGAGAUUCAGAAGGAGGGGAAUGGCGUGGGCAAUUUCCAUUCUGGGCAGCAGCACACGGUCCUCCCAGAUACCAGCCAUACACACCAGGAUCCGCCUGGAACGCUGGGUUCAGGGGAAGGCCAGCCUGAUCCGACAUUGCCAAGUCAGCACACUGAGGGGGUCCAGGGCUGUUACCAAACGGUGCAGCCCCACUGGUUCCACUGCAGGAUGGACGAUGCCAACCCCAACUGGACUCCCUUCAGUAAGACAGACUCUCAGAUGUUGGAGACCAAGUACUGCUCUUCCAAGAAGCAAGCUCCUGUAGCAGUGGACUCGGAGGACGUGGCUGUGCCGACAGAUGGAGGGCGUUAUGAUGUCUUUCUGGGCAGUCGCACGAGGCACGCUGUUUACUGGCAGGAGGCGCCCAGUCAAGUCAGGAGAUGUAUGUGGUUUUUCAAAAGUGAGAAAGAUAACAGCUACCACCCGUACACGGAGGAGCUCAGUGACCUGAUCGAGGCAGCAUACAAGGAAGCGGUAAUGUCGAAUGAGUGGAACAAAAAAUUACAGUUUCCAAGUGGAGAAGUCAUCAAAUUGCACAAUCCCAAGCUGAUCAUGCAUUUCCAAGACUGGAACGCGGCUGCUUCGGAGCAGAGUAAGCCGUGGUCUGUGAAGAGAGGGGUGGAACAGACCUACGGAGGUAUCUUUGUGGGCGAGCCUGUCAAAGUGGACCAUUUAGUGUUCAUGGUACACGGCAUUGGGCCUGCCUGUGAUAUUCGCUUCCGCAGCAUUAUUCAGUGCGUCAACGAUUUCCGCACCGCCUCCCUCAGCCUGCUUCAGACUCACUUCAGGAGGGCGGCUGAGGAGCAGAAGAUUGGCCGAGUGGAGUUUCUGCCCGUGAACUGGUACUGCACGCUGCACGGAGACGCCACUGGAGUGGAUGAGGACAUUCGGAAAAUUACACUGCCCAGUAUCAGCCGUCUGCGCCAUUUCACCAACCAGACGUUGCUGGAUCUCUUCUUCUACAACAGCCCCACCUACUGCCAGACCAUCGUCGACACGGUGGCCAAUGAGAUGAACCGCCUGCUCACUGUCUUCCAGCAACGCAACCCGGACUUCAGCGGAGGGGUCUCGGUGGCUGGUCACAGUCUCGGAUCGUUGAUCCUCUUUGACAUUCUGACAAACCAGAGCACCUCCAACCACAGGGGGCACCGUACGGGUCAGCACGCAGCCAGAAAGGACUGUCCCUCCUGCAUCGAGGAUGUGAGUCUGGAACAGAUUCUGAAGGCACAUGGACUCUCGGAAUUUUUGGGGGUUUUAGAAAAGGAGAAACUGGAUCUGGAGUCACUGGUGAUCUGCUCAGACGCUGAGCUGAAGGAGUUGGGGAUCCCCCUGGGACCCAGGAAGAAGUUGCUGAGUCUGGCCAAGGAGCUGGUCGGAGCGCAGGAGAAGCAGGAGCAGAUGGGUGAGCCGGCAGUGAGGCCUGUCCCAGAGAAAAGCAGCCAGGCCAGAGAACGGGCAGGCAGCGGGGAGGAUCCCCAGCGCCCGCUGUCCACCAGCAGCAUCACCUCGGUCAGCUACGAGCAGUUCGAUGUAGGUAUUGGUCAGGUUUCGGUCAACUACCCACCCAUCAGCUUUCAACCAGAGAUCUUCUUCGCGUUUGGUUCACCAAUUGGAAUGUUUCUGACUGUCCGAGGGUUAAAGAGGAUUGACCCCAACUACACCUUCCCAACGUGCAAGAGGUUCUUCAACAUUUAUCACCCUUUUGACCCAGUAGCCUACAGGAUCGAGCCAAUGAUUGUGCCGGAUUUAGAACUGGAACCCAUGCUGAUCCCUCACCACAAGGGCAGGAAGAGAAUGCACCUGGAACUGAAGGAUAGUCUGACGCGGAUGGGCUCUGAUUUAAAGCACGGUCUGUUCUGUUCUCUGAGGAAUGCCUGGCAAUCGUUUACCCGCAUCCAGUCCCCCAUGCCUCAGCUGCUGCCAACUGAUACAUCUACUAUGGGUGAUCAAACCAAUGAACCAGCAGCCAAGGAGACUCAAGCUGGUGAGGAGACAGACAGCAGCUGCCCAGUGCAGGAGGAGGAGAAGGAACAGGUAAAGAUAGGAAUGUUGAACGGAGGAGAUCGGAUUGACUACGUGCUUCAGGAGAAACCCAUCGAGAGUUUUAACGAGUACCUGUUUGCUCUGCAGAGUCACCUCUGUUAUUGGGAGUCUGAAGACACGGCACUGUUAAUUCUGAAGGAAAUCUACCAAAUGCUGGGAGUCACUUUGGAACAAGUGCAGCACUGAUGGCCUUCGACCAGACAGCCCCCAGCACCCAUCAGAUUGACAUUAACAGGAGCCAGAGCAUGUUGCCCGUCAUUCCUUAUCGAGCUCAGCCUCUCCGGGGGCAGCAGGAACACUGAACUAUGUGUGUUUUCCACAGGGCCUGGAGCUCUGUCUGAACAGCACAGCUCAUGGCAGGCGUGUUCCCAGAGAGACCCACCCAUGGGGGAGGCAAGGGGAAAUGACUCCCCCACUAACUCACACCUGGAUCCUGUCUGCCGAUGAGGGAGCUGUACGGACAACACAAGGUGGCUCGACAUGGACCAAUCGACACAGGCUUAUUUAUUUUCACGUUCAAAUUCCACUUGGGUGAUGAGCAGGUUUGAGGAGAAUCCCGUCUUAUUUGAUGAAUGAGUUUCCUCUUGAGAUUCAGAAAAUGAAACUCCCAGUGAAGCUACCGACGAACAAGGUCCCAAGUUGGACUGCUCUCAGGCUGUGUUGUCUCACUGCUGUGCGUUCACUCCAAAGAGAAAUGCAGCAUGGACUCUGGGGGAAGGGAGGAAGGGCGGACUAUCGGGGAACCUCAUGCAAUGUUACCUUUUGUACCAGCAAUAAACAACUCACUCUCUCUGCCUCUUCUUGGAGUCUCUGAGCAGUGUUGUUUUGGAUGUGGAAA